UCGAGUCGAUCGCAUUGCAAUCGAAUUGUGAUGCGAUGAUAUGAAGCAGAGCGCGAGUACGUGUCAUUUUUCAUUUGUGCUUAUUUAAUUGAUAUUUGGUUUAAAGUUCAGCGACCUUUCCCGAAUGCCCGACAUUUGUUUAUUUGCCUGACAAAUGAGGUUAGCGCAUGCAAAGCCCGUGUCGUUGAUUUGUGUCAACAAUUAAAAUCGAUAAUGGCGAGUCCUGCUUUUAUCCUUCGGGAAUAUUAUCCUGCGCACAGUUGCAGUUGCAGUUGAGAGCGUGAAGCAUUAGGUUGACCAUGGAAUUGGCACGGAAAAUAAUACUCUGGAUUAUUCCUUUAUUCGUGCUCGCAUUUCUGCUCACCAUGAGUGAAGCGUAUCUAAGUAGAUUGCGUGUUGAGGAGACGCCAUUUCAAAGGAUUCCACCGAGGGCAGCCAGUCUCUUGGUCAGAAAGCAAGGCAACCCAAAGCGAUCCAGUGGCAUUCAUUUGAUAUCGAGCCUGGAGCAUCAACGCACAUUUUUACACAUUUUCCAUGUGCCUUAUAUCAUUUGCUUUUAUGCCGCCAAGGGCAAAUGGCCUUAUGUGCCGGGAUUUAUGAAAACGCGUGUGAACAGCGCAGCCAGAAAUUUCUUUCAUCAAAAUGACAGUUUCAUUAAGCAAUUUUGCACCAAGUGGAUUCAAGUCAAGGAAUGCUUUAGACCACUCUUCGAUAAAUCAAAUGACACCACGGUUGAGGUGGAAACUUUGGAUGCUCAGAAGCAAAUUCAGCGCUGCGACUGUGACAAGUUGGUCUCCACGGAAGCCCCAGUGCCCGUUGUCUACUUUGACAAGAACUACAUUGGCAAUGUUAGCUCGGACACCAUUUUGAGCACCAUCGAGUUUCUCGAGAGUUUUCUGCCGCCGCCCACCAAAAAGCACAAACGCAAGAAUCGAGUUCGUGGAAGAUUGGAUGAAAUAGAUAUUGAUUAGAAUGUAAAGCAUGUCGAACAUUUUACAUUUUUUUUAUCAACAUACAUAAAAGAACUAAAUACAUAACUAUACU